UAUUUUAAAAUAAAGUCUCAUUCCGUCCUUCAAAUUUAUCGUACCCCAAAUCUCUUAAAAAGAGGGUAAAACAGUAUGUAAACAGGGUUUUGACCGUUCCCCAUCUCUACUUCUUACCUGGGUGUAUAAUCCUUCGUCAGUCCGUCGUUACACCCUCUUUUCUGUAUCCUGAGUUGUCGUCUAUUAUCGGCUCGUUGAAGCAGGGUUGAUUGGGGAAGGGAUGGCUAUAUGAGAAUCGAACUAGGACCUUGCCAAGAAACAGAGGCGUAUGUACAUUAAAUAAACGAUCCAUUGUGUUUUUGACUAGAAAGUGGAAAUGCGACAUUAAUAUUAAAUGACAUUUUGUAGACAGUUAACACAUUCAGCCUCCAAUUAUCAUUGACUUAAACUCCUUCCGUCCUCCGCCUUGUGUUGUCUGCAGCCGUCGCUCAGUCACCAUCAACUGUCUGCCGCCUAAUUCGACAACCACUUGUUGCCGCUGCCUGUGUAUACAUGUUCACUUGGCUGUUUAUUUCCAGAAUCUUGUCAUCAAAAUCAAGCUUUUUUUGGGGCUGUCUCUGUUUGAAUUCAGUUAUUUUUAUCUACAGCAAGCAUCUUCUUUUCUUUGCCAAAGUGAAAAGGGUUCUAUUCUAUUUUGGAAAUGAAUAACUGGCAAGUAAACAUUUAUAUGUAUUUAUAGCAUUGGAUGUUCGUGAACCCAAAAUAAAUUGGAAAUGUACUCUGCAAGAUCAAUUCUCAUCUCAAAUCUGAGGCUGUACAAUUGUGGUCAGUCUAGGUGUUUAACAUUUAUAUUUUCUGGUUCUUUUCAUCAACCUUGUUUUACCAGUCUCAAGCCACCUAAUGGAGCAAUCAAUGCCAAUGCCCGAAUUGCUAGUUCUAAUAUCAUCCCGUCCAUUGUCAUCCAUUCACAUUAUUCUAAAUUGAACUGCACCAGCUUGUUGUGGUAUUCUUCCAAGUCCCAUAGACCAUUUUUUCGAGCUUAUAGGAAACGGGUUAAUAAAAGGCUUAGACUAGCUAAAAAAACUGUGCUUAAUGAGGAUCGAUUUAACAAGGCUAUAUCCCAACUUCCUGCAAGGUUUAGUGCUGAUGAUUUGCAUAAUGUCAUUGCUUUGGAAGACGAUCCUUUGGUGUGUUUAGAACUUUUUAAUUGGGCAUCAAAGCAACAUAGAUUUAAGCAUAGCGUAAAUACUUACCACAUUACCAUUCAAAAGCUCGGGGUUACCGGGAUGAUUGAAGAGAUGUAUAGUAUUGUUGAUCAACUCUUUGAUCUUCCUCAUUUUGGUUCAGAAGUUCUAUACAAUACUGUUAUUUACUACUUCACUAAAGCCCGAAAGCUGAGCAGAGCCAUUACUGUGUUCAAGCACAUGAAGAAGUCCAAAAUUUCAGAUUGCAUGCCAUCAAUUAGGACCUACAACUUUUUGUUUGCUGCUUUUGUUAGUCGUCGUAGGGAUACAUACAUCAAUCACUGGUACAUGGGUACUAUGGAGUGCCUUUUCAGACAAAUGUUAAAUGAUGGAAUUGAGCCUGACAUUUUCUCCCUUAAUUCUAUGAUACAAGGGUAUGUGCUUUCAAAUCAUAUUAAUGAUGCCUUGAGGAUAUUUCACCAGAUGGGUGUCGUUUAUAGCUGUCCCCCCAAUGCUCUCACUUAUGAUCAUCUUAUUCAUGGACUAUGUGCUCAAGCCCGGACUAAAAAUGCUAUGGAUUUACUUGGUCAGAUGAAGGAAAAGGGCUUUGCUGCAAGUGCUAAAACAUACAACUCUCUUGUGAAUGCUUUGGCCAUUGGUGGUGUGGUUCAGGAAGCUCUACAUGUUUUGCGGGAGAUGACUGAAAAGCAGAUUCCAUCUGAUCUUAUUACAUACAAGACACUUCUGGACGAGUUUUGCCGGAAAGGAAGAGCUUCAGAGGCGUUGAGUAUUGUAAAAGAGUUGAAAGAGAAACACCUUGUUGAUUCAAUUAAUUACAAAAAUCUGCUACGUGCUGUCAAAGAAGAAUUUGCAAGUAAAAGGAAUGAAGGAUUCCAAUAAUGGGAAGGUUAAUUUUUAUCCGUGGUUGUCAUGCAAUUUUUCUAUAGGUUAGUUUGACCUAUUGUCGGGAUGUUGCUAGAAUUAUGUUACUGGGUUUUUGGUUGAAUCUUCAGCUGGAUAUGCUGGUGUGAUGGACCAUCUUUGAAGUUAAUGUAUAUUAAUACUCCUGCAUUCAGUAGUAAUAUUCCUUUUCCCCUCAAGCCAAGAUCCAAGGGCCCCAUUUUGGCCUGAAAUAGCCAUGCAGCUCUGCCUCUGAUGAUCUGAUCUGCUCUAAACCUGCCCAAUGUAAUGGAUGAGGAACUAGAUGCCAUGAACGUUGUUCACCCUCAGCAAGAAGAAUAUGUAUUGCUUAAUCUUGAUGCUGUUUGUGGCCAAGUUGACAUUACUCCUUACGACUUACGAGCCCUACAUUUUAUCUGAUUUGGAUACAGCCAUCCCAAUUAUGACCAUAGGAGACAAACUGAAGCUGAUAGGAGAAUAUGAAGAAACUACAGGGACAUGCUUAAUCUUUCCGAAAAGGAAAAAGCACCUUUGGUUCACGAAGAAACUGGAUCUUCGGAAGCUAACCUUUCAAGUGUGCGUGUAUAGUUGACACCAAUCAAAGUCCGUUUAAAGAAAUCAAGCCUGUUACAUUCGUCCAUAAAAUUCUGAAAUUCAGAUUACCGUUGUAUUCUGAAAGGCAAGAAGUUUUAAUAGAGAAUCCGCGGGAUGAAAUUUUAAGUGAAGCAAAGCGAUGCGAUGCAAGUAGGAGAAAUUAAUUAUAUUGCUUAGGUUGAUCUGGAGCAACAAUUUAUGUUAGCUUUUGAUUGUAUUUGGCCUUAUGCCCUUUGUUAUAAAGAGCGAUUUGUAUAUUCGAGUAUGAUUGUACGUAAUCUUAGUACAAUUAUUUAAUUUAUAUGUAUAAUGCUCUUACCAAACAACUAAAAAAAUCUCAUUAAAUGAGUUUCAAUUGAAAGUCAUUCUA